CAAGCCCCACUAACCCACUAGCUCACGAGUAGAUCUGAUUAAUUCAUAGACCACGGCAGGGCCACGUACCCCAUAGUGCCAGAUUGGGUUUUAAAUCUGAGUUUUGUUGCUAGUUUUUAUUUUUAUUUUACGUUUCAUUGAAUUUGACACGUUGAAAUAUGGGGACCUCCACCGCAACCGAGGAGAAUGGAAACCAACUCUCUGUUCAAUACUCUGUCUCGAGUGAACCAAAACAGAAGAAGAGUAACCGGAAGGUUUUAAUAAUAGGCUCGGUCACUGUCUUCACGCUAGCAGUAAUUGUGAUUAUCGUAGUAGUCGUCACACAAGCCAACAAGAAAGAUACAGGAGAUUUCUGCAAAGACUGCCUGGCAGUGGCUUCAGAUAACGAUGUCUGUACGAAGAUCGGAGCUGAAACUCUGAGACAAGGAGGAAGUGGGGUUGAUGCUACUAUUGCUAUAUUAUUAUGUUUGGGUGCUGUCCAGCCCCAAUCUAAUGGAAUUGGCGGGGGUGGUUUCAUGCUGAUUCAUACUAAGACUGAAGAUAAAGUUAUAAAUUUCCGCGAAAGAGCUCCAGCUGCGUCCACCAAAGAAAUGUACGUGGAAAAUGCGGAACUUGCUAAAAACGGAGGUUUAGCCAGUGCUGUACCAGGUGAGGUACGGGGUUACUGGACCGCUCAUCAGAUGUACGGUAAACUGCCCUGGAAAGACUUGUUUACUCCUUCCAUACAGAUUCUCAGAUCAGGAAUAGAAGUCUCCCAUCAUAUGGAAAAAGCAUUGAAAAUUGUAAAGGAUAUUUUGAUAAAGAACGAACAUUUCAAGUCUAUUUUCUUCAAUGGAGAAGAUAGUGCAUCCUACAAAACGGUUGGUGAAACCUACACUAAUCCGAAGCUAGCAGACGCAUAUGAGAAGAUAGCUGACGAGGGGCCUGAUGGGUUUUACAAGGGGGAAAUAGCAGAGAACAUAGUGAAAGCUACUAAAGCAGAAGGUGGAAUAAUGACGUUAGAAGAUCUAGAAGGUUACAAUGUUACUAUUGAUGAGCCGUUUAAGUUUGAGUACCGAGGUCAGACUAUCAUAUCCGCACCUCCACCUGCAUCAGGUCACGUAAUAGCUUUAGCGUUACAAGUACUCGAUAACUUCGAUCUAUCAUCCUAUGGGGCUCUUAAAGCUUGGAACUAUAUAAUCGAGGCAAUGAGAUUUGGUUACGCGAUGAGGAGCAGGACAGGGGACCCUGAUUACUCUUCUUUAACUAAGGGUGUCGUUACUCAAGUUAAAGACAAGACAUAUAUGAAGACGCUGCUAAAAGGACAUUUUACGAAGGACAGCUACGACCAACAAGUCCCAUACACCGACUACACUGAGUAUAGUAACCCUAUCUUCACCAACUACGACGGAACUCACACGACACAUGUCUCUGUGAUGGGUCCUGGUGGGGAGGCGGUUGCUUGUACCUCGACGGUAAACCUCUACUUUGGAGCUCGAGUAAUGACAGAUAACGGUAUUGUGAUGAAUAACGAGAUGGAUGAUUUCUCAACCCCGGGUUUCAAGAACGCGUUUGGGUACAAUCCCUCUCCAGAGAACUUUGUAGAACCGGGCAAAAGACCCAUGUCCUCAUCAUCACCUUCCAUCGUAUUUGAUAGCGAUGGGGAAGCUACGUUUGUGACUGGUGCAGCUGGUGGUUCUAGGAUAAUUUCAGGGGUCCUGCUGUCAUUGGUAAAUGCCAUGGAUUGGAAGAUGCCCCUUGAUGAUAACUUAAGAGCGGCCAGAAUACACGAUCAACUGAAUCAGGAAACUCUCUACGAAGUAGUCCCAGGAGUAACGCCGUUAAACGCUCGAGUAAAAGCCGGACUGAGUGAUCUAGGAUACAAUAUGACAGAGAGAACCACCGGUAUGAGUUCAGUUAACAGUGUUUCUAAACUCUGGGGUAGAAACGAGGCUGAAGGGGAUCCAAGAAAGAACGGAACUGGAAUCGUCAUCAUUCUUUAAGAAUAAUCUACUGUUUACAAACCUAAAGAUUGCCAAAGAAGUCUUGUUGCUCUUAGUGGAACUGGACUGACUAUUGGUCUUCUCUGAAAGUUUUUUUACAGUUUUAAUCAGAAUUAUAUAUUAUAGUACAAGUGGUAACGGCUUUAUGCACAUGAAGUUAGGAUGUUGUUACUUAUGUUCUUUCUUUUAAAAGUAGGCAGCAUCACUAAAUGUGCUCCUUAUCUUAAAGAAACUCUGGGAAUUGAAUUUGAACUUUUAUGUCCCAAUAUGCAUCGAUGAUCGAGGGUAGAUCAAAUUGAUUGUUGAUACAGUUACACAUUUAAAGAUUGGUUGAAAAGUCUA